AUGCGACCUCGCCAACUCAUCGCUCUCGCCCUCUGCAUCAUAACAGGCGCUCGAUCGGCCCGGGUGCCUGGUGGUCAGCAUCCUGGUCAACCAUCUGGAUCAUAUGGAACAUCGACGACGCCAGCGACGUCUGUGGUUGGCACCUUUGCCGAGCCGGUCGAGGUGUCCGGCCAGGCUCUCGACGAAAUGAAGUCUUUGAUCGGCUAUCUGCAAAGCACAUAUUGCGUCGAUGGACUCGACACAUGGUCGUGCAGCACCUGUGUUGGGCCGACCGUGGGAACAUCCGACGUGCGACUCUUUGGUCAAGCCGACCGAGUGUUUGGAUAUGCGGCCUUGCACCGCACUCGCAACCUGACGAUUGUCGCCUUCCGCGGCUCCCGCAACUUCAACAACUGGAUCAACAAUAUCAUGAUGGCCAAGCCAGACUGCCCGUUCCCAGGCGCCCCGACCGGAACAAAGGUCCACUACGGGUUUCUUCAGAGUUGGCAGUAUGUCCGGGCAUCGGUGCUGGAGGAACUCGCAGCCCUGAUUGCGCUGGCUCCAGAACAUACGGUGCUCUUUGCCGGGCACAGCUUGGGUGGCGCCCUCGCCUUGCUUGCCGCUGCGGAUGCCCUCACCAGCGGGACCGCAGGGCUGGAUUCCAAACGAAUGCGGAUCUUCACCGUUGGCCAGCCCCGAGUCGGCAACUCGCAGUUUGCCGACUUUGUGUAUGGGCUCGGCGUGCGCACCAUCCAGCGGGUCGUCAACCAGAACGACUUGACCCCACAUCUGCCGCCAACCUUCUCGGGCUUCUGCCAUGUGCCGAAUGAGAUCUGGGUCCGAGAUGCAAAUGGCACCACUUUCGAGUGCCUCGAUACCAACGGACACAGCCUCAGGUUGGAUCAACCCGAAUCUCUCAGGUCGCUCCAGACACAGAUGCUGCGAGCACCCAAGAAGCGACUCAAGGGCGCUGCUCAGGAUCUGGUUCUGCAGAGCGACAGUCCAGACGAUAUGCUGGAGGAUAUGCCAGAGGAUACCCUCGCGAACCUGCUCGCUGACUUUACCGAACAAGGCAUGGAUGGCCUCGAAAGCGACCUCUGCUCCAAUGGAUUGAAGACCGGCUAUGCGGCAACUGAACACUUGCGCGUUUGGGGUAUGAAGCUUGGCAUCAAGGGCUGCGAUGUUGAGAGUUAGCUGACGCCGUGCUCGAGGCAAAACCCAGGCCAGUGCUGGCCUGGGGACACAUGGGGUGAGCGGAGACGACCGAAACUCGACGAGACGUCGUAGAUGCAGACAAACGGGUCUGUGCACGAGGACAUGUGCGAGAGGAAGAUGCAGGACAAGAACGAGCUUGGCGGUUCCCUCCGAACAAAUGUUGAAGAAGCCAAUCACAA